AUGCAAUCCGAGACUCCAAAAUUAUAUUUACUAUACGACAAAAUACUGACCGCAUACACAACUAUCUUGGAAUGCUUUGUACAAACUGAAUAUUUGAAUCUCACUGAACAAGAAAAAAAUGAAGCACAAAAUAUUUUAGGCGCAAAGGGAACUAAAAUAUUAAACCUUGACUUCUCGAGUGAGCAGAAACAUUUACCGUUGCAACAUAUAUACGUUGGUGGAAUGGUGCCAAAUCUGAUCAGAAGAAAGAGAGAAAUAGGAGAACUAGAGGAAGAACAGCUGAAAAAUUUCUACUUAAAGUGUAAGGAGUUUUAUAUGGAGGCUGCCAAACAGAUAUUAAAAAGGUUUUCUUUUGAGGACAAAGACCGUCAAGCAUUAAAAUGUCUGAAGAUGCUAAAUCCUACAGCAAUUCUGGAUCCUGAAAUAAAAAAGAAAUUCCCUUCCAUUGCAGAUUUACAUUAUUUCUUCCCAAAGAUUUGCCCAAAUAAUAUAACGGAACUGAAUAGAGAAUGGCGAAUGUUAAGAAAUGUCGAUUUUUCUUUCAACCAAAACAAAACUCCCGAUAUUAUCGACUUUUGGAAACAUGUACAAGAAUUAAGAAAUGGAGACAAAUCUCAAACAUUCCCUACAUUGUGUGAAUUGGUAAAAAAAUCUUUUGUGCCUACCACAUAG